UUCCUGGACCAUCGACUGCCAUGGCCCUGGCCCAGCAGCUGCGGGCCGAGAGCGACUUUGAACAGCUUCCAGAUGAUGUGGCCAUCUCAGCCAACAUUGCUGACAUCGAGGAGAAGAGAGGCUUCACCAGCCACUUUGUUUUUGUCAUCGAGGUGAAGACAAAAGGAGGUUCCAAAUACCUCAUCUACCGGCGCUACCGCCAGUUCUAUGCGCUGCACAGCAAGCUGGACGAGCGCUACGGGCCAGAGAAGAGCAGCCCCUUCAGCUGCAGCCUGCCCACGCUCCCAGCCAAAGUCUACGUGGGCGUGAAGCAGGAGAUCGCCGAGACACGGAUACCCGCCCUCAACGCCUAUAUGAAGAGCCUGCUCAGCCUGCCGGUCUGGGUGCUGAUGGACGAGGACGUCCGGAUCUUCUUUUACCAGUCGCCCUACGACUCGGAGCAGGUGCCGCAAGCGCUGCGCCGCCUCCGCCCGCGCACGCGCAAAAUCAAGAGCAUGUCCCCACAAGGCACCAGUGCUGACCGCAUGGAAGCUCCACGAGCAGAGGCCCUGUUUGACUUCACUGGGAACAGCAAACUGGAGCUGAAUUUUAAAGCUGGAGAUGUGAUCUUCCUUCUCAGUCGGAUCAACAAAGACUGGCUGGAGGGCACUGUCCGGGGAGCCACAGGCAUCUUCCCACUGUCCUUUGUGAAGAUCCUCAAGGACUUCCCCGAGGAAGACGACCCCACCAACUGGCUGCGCUGCUACUACUACGAAGACACAAUCAGCACCAUCAAGGACAUAGCAGUGGAGGAAGACCUCAGCAGCACUCCACUAUUCAAAGACCUGCUGGAGCUCAUGAGGCGGGAGUUCCAGAGGGAGGACAUUGUUCUAAAUUACCGGGACCCUGAGGGGGACCUGGUCCGGCUGUUGUCAGACGAGGACGUGGGGCUCAUGGUGAGGCAGGCCCAAAGCCUCCCUUCCCAGAAGCGCCUCUUCCCCUGGAAGCUGCACAUCACCCAGAAGGACAACUACAGGGUCUACAACACAGUCCCCUGA